AUGUGCAAGGAAUACGACGUCAUCUACACGAAGUGCCAACACUCCGAGAAGCUGGUUCAUGAGUGCAGAGAGGUAAAGACUGGCCUCUCGUGCCCGAGAACCGAGUCCAAGGGCUCCACCGUGAGUGAAGGAUAUUGCCGUGCUUGCUACCAGGCCGGGAAAUCUGAUCUUCCCGAUACAUUCACGAGGCCACGCAAGGGACAGAAGCAGAGACUUUGA